AUGAAUAUAGCCAGAGGAAUGGCACCGUUGUCGCCAGUAAUGUCCCCUUCGAUGCAAAGGCCAUCCAGCCCGGGGAAAAGGCCGCCGUCACCUUUUAAGUCACCGAACCCAUCCUUCAUGGCAUCGCCAAAAUUACGCCAGAAAGCUGCAAUAUCUCGCCUUGCAGAGGAAUUCUUCUGGAUUGGAGGAAGCAUUGUCGCGACACCCAAAUGGAGACUUGGUCAAAUAGUGGAGAGAUGCAUAUGUGCAAUGCAGGCUGGCACUCAGAUGAUCAAACUGAGGGGUAAAUCCAAAGCACUUGUGAGGUUCUUCUACUUAGAUGAGCACAAGUCAUGUAUUCGCUGGAGGCCAUCAAGAAAGCAUGAGAGAGCUAAGAUCACUCUAGACUCCAUCCAUGAGGUUUGUGAAGGGAAGAAGACAGAAGUUUUUAGACGCUUUGCAAAUAGUAAUUUUGAUCCCAACUGCUGCUUCAGUAUUUAUCAUGGGGACCACGUGGAAUCUCUUGACCUUGUGUCCACCAACGGAGAGGAGGCUCGGACAUGGAUCACUGGCCUUAAGUACCUCCUGGCAGGCAUCAGUGAUGAGGACAGUUUGGCAAAACGGCAGCGUACCAGAGAUCAAUGGUUGAGGCAAACCUUUUCUGAAGCAGAUAAAAAUGGUGAUGGCAAUCUGAGCAUUGGAGAGGUUCUACAGUUGCUUCACAAACUCAAUGUCAACCUUCCUAGACAGAAAGUCAGAGAAAUGUUCAAGGAGGCUGAUACAGAUGAUAACCAGGGCUCAUUGGCAUUUGAUGAAUUUUGUACUUUCUAUAAGAUGAUUUCAACCCGACGAGACCUUUACUUGCUUAUGAUCACCUAUAGUAACCACAAAGACCACAUGGAUACAAAUGACCUUACUCGAUUCCUUGAAAAUGAACAGAAGAUGGUAAAUGUAACAAAAGACUAUAUCCAGAUGAUUAUAAACCAGUUUGAACCAUGUCCUGAAAACCAGGCACAGAUGGUACUAGGUAUUGAUGGCUUCACCAACUACAUGCGCAGUCCUGCAGGUGACAUCUUUAACCCAGAGCACUACCAGGUCAACCAGGACAUGACACAGCCCCUCUGUAACUACUUCAUUGCCUCCUCACAUAACACCUAUCUGACAGGAGACCAGCUGUUGUCCCAGUCCAGGGUGGACAUGUAUGCCUAUGUACUUCAGGCUGGCUGUCGGUGCGUAGAAGUUGACUGCUGGGAUGGCCCAGAUGGAGAGCCCAUUGUGCACCAUGGCUACACUCUUACAUCAAAAAUCCUCUUCAAAGAUGUUGUUGAGACAAUUAACAAAUAUGCCUUUGCCAGAAAUCAAUACCCAGUGAUCCUAUCCAUUGAGAACCACUGCAGUGUGCCCCAGCAGAAGAAAAUGGCUCAGUAUCUCAUAGAGGUGCUACAGGACAAAGUGGACUUGUCUUCCAUCAAUAUGAAUGAGUCAAAACGAUUGCCCUCUCCAGAGAUACUGAGAGGAAAGGUUCUGGUAAAGGGCAAAAAACUGCCUGCCAAUAUCGAUGCAGAUGCUGAAGAAGGUGAUGUUUCUGAUGAGGACAGUGGUGAUGAGGAAGAGGAAGAUGAGGAACAGAUGAAUGGAGAGGUGAGAUCAAGCAAACGUGAAGACAGCACAGAGACAAGAGAUGAAUCAAAGAAGCACUCAAGGAGGUCUUUCAUAAGCAGCUUCAAACGCAAGAAGAAAAAGCGUGCAAGACUUAAAAAGAGGCCCAUACUGGAGGACUCUGACACGGAUCAGGAAGUUCCUACUGGUUCCCAGAAAGCACAAGCAAUAAACUACGGCAGGAGGCGGAAAACAAUGAGGCUUUCACGUGCCCUCUCUGAUCUGGUCAAGUACACCAAAUCUGUGCGUGUCCACGACAUUGAAACCCAAGCAUACAUGAGUAGCUGGCAGGUGUCAUCCCUCAAUGAGACCAUAACAAACCAGAUCCUACAGCUGAAACCAGUCGCAUUAGUUCGCUUCAACCAACGCCAACUUUUACGCGUCUACCCUUCCAACUACCGCGUUGAUUCAAGCAACUUCAAUCCUCAGCCGUUUUGGAAUGCAGGAUGCCACAUGGUUGCUUUAAAUUACCAAACGGAGGGACGAAUGCUACAGCUCAACAGAGCAAAAUUCUCCAGUAAUGGAAACUGUGGAUAUGUUUUGAAGCCUCGAUGCAUGUGUAAAGGUGCCUUCAACCCCAUGCUGGAUGACCCAUUGCCAGGCCAAAGGAAAACACAACUAGUCCUUAAAAUAAUUAGUGGCCAGCAGCUACCAAAGCCAAAGGACUCCAUGUUAGGCGACAGAGGAGAGAUCAUAGACCCGUUUGUGGAGGUAGAGAUUAUUGGUUUGCCUGUGGAUUGCAAUAAGGAGCAAACACGAGUGGUGGAUGACAAUGGCUUCAAUCCCAUGUGGGAGGAGACAUUGGUAUUCACCCUUCACAUGCCUCAGAUAGCACUGGUCCGCUUCAUGGUUUGGGAUCAUGACCCAAUUGGACGUGAUUUCAUUGGACAGAGGACUAUAGCCUUUACCAGUAUGUUACCAGGGUAUCGACACGUUUACCUGGAAGGAAUGGAGGAAGCCUCUAUUUUUAUUCAUGUUGCUGUGAAUGAUAUUACGGGAAAGGUUAAAUCAAGCAAGGCGGUAAAGGAACUCAUUCAGAGAAAUUUGAUGCAGACAUCAGAGGAUGGCACAAAAGCUUCUUUUAGUGCCAACUUCUUACGAAAAAGCGGUGGUGCUUCAAAGGCUCAAUCGAAAGCAAAACAGCGCUCACCAGAGGCCUCUUUGAACACCAGAGAGGACUUUUUACAACGGCGCUACAGUGAUGACCAGGGCUCGCAGAACAGCAGGACCCCAUCCUUGCUCAGAGGUGCACAGAGUGAGCCUCUAAAGAGAGCUCAGAGAGUCUGCUUUCAGGAUGAUGCACAGGAGAAUCACAGAGCUAUACUUUUCCACAUGCCCUCAGCUACCAUCUCUCAAGGAGCAGAAGCAGCCACAAGCUCAAAGGAGAGCUUAGACACAGAGGUACAGUCUCAUUUGCUUCAACCGCAAGGGAACCGCCCAGAGGACGUGGUUCCCAAACCCAACAGGUCUGAGGCCAAUGGCUCUCAAACUCCAGAAUGGCCCCCAAUACACAGAAACGAGGAUUCUGCUUCUGAAACUGUUUCUGAGGAUUCUGCACAAAAAUCCAACUUUAAACCAGUUUCUGAUGAAGAAUUAAAGCCCCAUAGGGAAUGUGGGACCCAAACAGAUCUAGGGUUCUUCAGCGGGUUUCCACUCCAGAAUCCAUCAGCAUAUCAGAUAAAACCUCUAAACCGGCCUCCACCAAUCCCAGCCACACCUGCUGUGACCAGACGCACUCUGGAUGAUACUGGCACCAAACAAUCCACUGAUUUAUCAUGUAAGGGGCGUCGUUCACGGAGUGUUCCAAGGCGACGAGCUCCUUCCCCCACUAGCCCUAUUCCAUACCGUAGAACUAAUGUGUAUUGGCAAUGUUCUCACCUCCAAAACCAUGGCAGCUGCAAUACUCAAGGGACUGCGCAGAAUAAAAACAACCUCUCUGAGAGUGAGUCCAGCAGCCAGGGCAGUCUGGACAGCCUUGACCUGAGCACACUGCCAUCUCGUUUCCCAGUGAACCAGCAACAGACCAUGGGCACUCUCCAACGUGAGAUGAAUGCCCUUUUUGAUGAGAAAAUGCGAGAGAUCCACUGUAAAUCUCCAUUGUUUUUCAAUGAUCGCUCCACACUGUAG